GGGAGCCGCCCACGUGGCCGCGGAGCGGGGGUCGCCGCCCGGCUUGGGGACCGUCUCUGGCGCCGGGCCGAGCCAUGGAGUCGGUGUUCAGCAGCCCCGGGGAGGCCGCGCUCAAGCGGGAAGCGGGGGCCGCGGGGGCCCUCACUCCCUCGGAGGAGCUGGACGAGGCCUACGAGCUGGAGCGGGUCAGCGGCUUCGUGCGGGACAACCGGUGUGAGCGGGUGGCGCUGCAGUUCCCCGAUGAGCUGCUGGGGGACGCCGGGGCCGUGGCCGCCAAGCUGGAGGACCUCACGGGAGCCAAGAUGUUCAUCCUCGGGGACACGCCGUACGGCAGCUGCUGUGUGGACGCGGUAGGGGCGGAGCAGGCGGGAGCCCAGGCCCUGGUCCACUUCGGUCCAGCCUGCCUCAGCACGCCCGCCCGCCCGCCGCCCGCGGCGUUCGUCUUCGGCCGCCGGCCGGUGGACCUGGAUCACUGCGCGGCCGCCUUCCGUGAGGCGCACGUGGACCCCUGGGCCCCAGUGGUCCUCCUGAGCGAGCCCGCCUGCGCCCAUGCCCUCGAGCCCCUGGCGUCCAGGCUGCGUGCGGCGUACCCAGAGGUGGUGGUGUCGCGGCCGGCCCUGCCCCUCCCGCCGGGGGCCGCGGCGCCCGAGGAGCUGGAGCGGCUGGGCCGCCGCUUCCCCCUUCCCUCGGGGCGGCGGCUGGAGGAGUACGGGGGCUUCUACGUGGGAGGCGGGGCGGACGGAGACGGGGGACCCGACCUGACUCGUCUGCUUCUGGGCUGGUCCCCCGACCGGCCCUUCUCCUCCUGCCACCCGAGCACGGGGCGGGCACGGGAUGAGGGCCCGCGGGCGGCCAGGGCCCGAGCCCGGCGCCGCCACCUGGUGGAGCGGGCCCGGGCCGCCCGGACGGUGGGGCUGCUGGUGGGCACGCUGGGCGUGGCCGGGCACCGCGAGGCCCUGGCCCACCUGAAGGCGCUGGCCCGGGCCGCCGGCAAACAGACCUACACCCUGGCCCUGGGCCGACCCAACCCCGCCAAGCUGGCCAACUUCCCCGAGGUGGACGUGUUCGUGCUGCUGGCGUGCCCCCUGGGUCCCCUGCGGCCCCCGCCCCCCGGGGGCUUCUACCGCCCCCUGGUCACCGCCUACGAGCUGGAGGCCGCCUGCAACCCGGCCCGGGACCUCGCCGACCCCUACCUCACACACUUCGGGGAGCUGCUGCCCGACUCCCCGUUCCACGUGCCGCCGCCGCCCGAGGACUCAGACCAGUGGGAGGUCCCGGAUGUGUCCCUCAUCACCGGGGAGCCGCGGCCCACCCCGGCCCGGGCCCCGCCGCCCCCCCCGGGCCCCGGAAGCGGCGCGGUGACCCCGAGGGCCCAACUGCCUCUGGUUGAGAGCAGCGCUGCAGCCUCGUUCCUGAGCACCCGCAGCUGGCGGGGGCUGGAGCCCCAGCUGGGCCAGACGCCCGCGACGGGGGCCGUGGCCGGCCGCCGGGGCAUCGCCGUUGCCUACGAGGACGAGGCCAACGGCUGAACACGCGGACGGGCCCCUCUAGGCGCGGAGGCCGGCGGCCCACCGGGGACCCGCGGCCAAGUGGACCCGAGGCCCGUCAUCCUCCCGGGCCCAGAGCCCCCGGCCGGCGUGCGGCUCCUCCCCUCGGAGGCAGCCCGGACGCGGACCAGGACGUGGGCAAGCGGGCCACCCCCGCCGCGUGGCGGGGAUCACAGUUGACUGCGAAGAGGAGGGACGGGGAGAGGGAGGCAUCAACCUUAAAGCGAGCCUCGUGUGCUCCGUCCAGUG